AUGGAAAAGGCCCCGCCGUCGUGGUUGUAUGUCCAGGCAGCGGCGGUACCGAAUCUGUCUCUGGCGCUUGGGUCGGCGGGAAGCGGCCGAGACGGUGACGGGGAGGCGGCGCCGACGGCGCGCGUGGACGGCAAGACGGUGCGGCUGUUCCAGUGCCUCUUCUGCGACAAGACGUUCCUCAAGUCGCAGGCGCUGGGCGGCCACCAGAACGCGCACCGCAAGGACCGCCUCUUCAACGACCCUUACCUCAGCGAGCCCUACGGCGACGGCGCAUUCGGAGGCGCCACGCAGUUCGCCGUGGGAUCGCCCAGCGGGCCGCAGUGCGAUUCUGCCGCCGUGAGGUCCAUGCGCACUUCCAUCGCCUCGCACGGCGGUGGUGCGGCGGCGCCGACCCCAGCCACUGACGCCUGCAGGCUCGAGAGGUGGGGCGGCGGUGCUCCGCGCUUCGCGGAGCGCGCGGUGCUACUGGCCCCAUCUGCCUCUGCCCGCAACGACGUGGUGGUUCGGUCAAGGGCCUCCGUCGGCAGCGGCGCAGGCGAGCCGCUGGACCUGGAGCUGCGCCUCUAG